GAGAGAGAGAAGAGGAGAGAGAGAGAGAGAGCAUGUGUGUCUGUGCCUGUGUGUGAAUAAGAAUUAAUAUCCCGAUGAUUCAGUCACUCGUCCGUAUGAUUAUGUUUGCAUCUGUUCCCUUUCACGUUUUUUCCCUACAAAAUUUCGCCAUGUAUUACUGUGAUGUUUGAAUAAAGGUCUAGAACAAUGUGUCAAAUGUGGUACUUGAUAAACAGUAUAAUAAGAAUUUAGGAAAUAAAUCUAAGUUAUAUAAAAUUGAAUUACCACGCUUUUGCAAUAUAUUUUUUGUGCUUGGGAUGUAUGCAGAAUAUUGUCUUUUAAAACGAUUUUUUUGUCUGAAGAUAAUUACUAGUUCAUGCUAUCAUUUUCUCUUUGUAUAUUGAGACUGUAAUAUGGAAAGAAGAGGAAAUCUCGAGGAGUCAGUCGAUGGACUUUCCAUGGUGUAAGUGAAUGUCAGAGCUGAGAUCCACGACUUUACUUUGUUCGUUACGUCAGUCUAGCAGUCUGACUGCUGAUUGGUCAAUCAACUACCUCUUUUGGCCUUCUAUGUAAUUCACUCACAAUGUAAACAUUGGUCUUAUAAUGUGCUUAGUUCAUUGUAAAGCUUUUUUGAGUAUGGGUGGUUUACAAUGUAGUAAGGAGAUCGCGUCCUCGGCCUCGUACCGGACGGGCUGUGUUGGAUAUCCUAGCCCUGGUUGUUUGUUGAUGAUUUACUCAAGCUAUGGUUACGGUAGUAUAGGAAAUCUGCCUCAUUGUCCAUUUUGCCUUCAGUAAUAACGUCAUGUUUUAUAUUUCAAUAUAUAACUUUUAUUCACUGUAGAAUGUCCAACAGAAGUAUGCAUACGUUUUCCUUGCAAACAUGUGAAAUGGAAACUGAUAAAGAAGUAAUAAAAACAAAGAUCAAAAUUAUUAAAAAAGAAAAUGAUACCAUGAAAGACUUAUCGUAACUCGACAUCUAAGCAGCACAGUAUAAAUCAAAAGGAAACACUGAACUGCCAAUUAAAUAUAAUUCACUGAAAGUAAUUCUACCAAGGUCACACUCGCUCAGUCGCGCUUUGUGAUGUAAUGGAGCGACCCGUAUAACGAACACGACAGGAUGAUGUUAAGUAGUUUGUCUCCGGACAUCAGACUGUGCAGGGCGGACUCCUAAAGAUUCUCUUGUGAACCUACAAUAAACCAGGAAACAGAGACGAAGUACAAGAAUUUAACGCUUUCAUGUGAGAGGCACUGUUACUGUUAUCAUAUACUAGGAUCUGCAGCUCACAAAAUAUGGCUAAAAAACUAAACAACGACGUCUUUAAGAGUACCUUGCAAUGGCUCCCUGCGAGACUGGCUCUGGCGGCGAUGGCGUGGCUCGGCUUCAUCAACCUGUACAUGGUGAGGAUCAAUCUCUCCGUCAUCAUCGUGGCAAUGGUGAGCCGUAAUGCCUGUCAACAGGAGAGCUCCUUGCCUCUCCUCUUCAACAACACACAAGGUCUCGAGACAGAUGACCGUCUACAAUUAACAGAAAACGAGGAAGGCGAGAUGAACUGGGACGAAACAAUUCAAGGAUUUGUAAUGGGCAGUUUCUUUUACGGCUACGCAGUGUCUCAGAUUAUUGGUGGUCGCGUGUCCGAAUUAUACGGCACGAAAUGGGUAUUCGGAGGAUGCAUAUUUUCGGGAGGAAUUUCUGCGCUGUUGUCACCCGUUGCCGCACGCGCCCACUAUGGCGUCUUCAUUGCCCUCAGGAUCAUCCAGGGAUAUGCCAGGUCUGUUACACGCUCAUGA